CGCGCGCCUCGGAGUGCAACAGCUGCAUAGUAGUGAGAUUUACAAACAGAGAUAAUAGGUAAUCAAGUUAAGCAAGCCGGCCAACUCCAAAUCGCCUAAACUACUGAGGAAAUGGAAAGCAGGCUAUACACAUUCCACUUAGCAGACUAAAGAAACAAAACACCCUGUCAAUUUAGACAGAUCCUGGCGAGUUUGAGAAUAACCUGGUGCUUCAUGUCAAGACUUGACAGUGCUGAAUGUGUCGUGAAAGAGAUCGUCGGAGUACUUUCCCUGGCACACCCGAUCGGCAAGCCUUAAUUUCAGGAUACCAACAUGGCAAAGCACAGUGUUGUACAGAAAGCCGGGAGGGCUGAAGUAUAAACGUGCUUUUAAGGACACCUGGACAUGCCAAAGUGCUGUGAGAAGACCAAAAGCAUUCUCAACAGUACCUCUCUGUAUCCCAAUAACCAUUUUUCAUCCCCCCCUGGUGUGCUGACCCCUUACUGACUGAUCUGUGAUACACUUUAAAUAUACUGUUUCUGCUGGCUGUUGGCACUCUGGUUAGACAUGCCCACUCACCCGUUGAUAUCGUACAUGGAGAGCCCUGACGGGCUGGCCCAGGACAUCCUGAGCAGCAGCAGCGCCAGCAUGCCGGGCACCGGCUCCAGCAUGACCCCGCACGGCAGCCUGGCGGAGAAGCCCCCGGGCCAGCCCGAGGGGAGCCUGCCGCUGGACUGCAUGUUCUGCGACAAGACCUUCCAGCGGCAGGAGGACCUGAGCCCGCACGUGCUGACCCAGCACCCCACCACGCUGUACGAGCCGGCCGUGCUGCGCGUGGAGGCCGAGUUCCUCAGCCCGGGCGAGAGGGCCCGGGCCGCGCUCGCCGCCGCCCCCGCCGCCGACAAGGAGGAGCGCGUCAGCUGCCUGGUGUGCGGGCAGGCCCUGGACGACCCCGCCGAGCUGGAGGGCCACAUGAGGAAGCACAAGGACUCUUUCACCUACAGCUGCAGCGUCUGCGGCCGGCGCUUCAAGGAGCCCUGGUUCCUCAAGAACCACAUGAGGACGCACGUGGGCAAGGCGGGCUCCAGGAACAAGGCCCAGCAGGACCUGGAGACGCCCGCCACCAUCAACGACGUGGUGCAGGACCAGGCGCCCGCGUCCGUGAGCUCCCCCUACAGGAUGUGCAUGGUGUGUGGCUUCUUCUUCCCCAGCAAAGAGACUCUGGCCGAGCACAGCAAAGUGCACAACCGCGAGUCGGAGGAGAACGAAGACGAGGAGCCGCCGGCCAACAGCCAGCCCGCCGCUGAGGCCCCCCUCACCCAGCAGUCCUUCCUGCAGCUCUUCGAGCUGCGCUCCCUGUCCUCGGAAACGGCCGCGCAGCCUGAGAAGUCGGCCAAGUGGAUCGCGCAGCUCGACCCCUUCAACACCUACCAGGCCUGGCAGCUGGCCACCAAGGGCAAGAUCGCCGUCGGCCCCAGCCAGGCCAAGGAGCUGGGUCCCGACGCCAGCUCGGACAACGAGGACUCGUGCUCGGACAAGGAGGAGCUGGGCGAGAUCUGGUCCGGGGGCCGGGGGGCCAAGUCUCUCAGGGAGGGGCUCAGGAGCGAGCUGAAAUCAAAGCACGGCGGAGGGGACACCCCGUCACCCGAGGUGGACCAGAAGUCCCUGAUGAGCAAAGAGAAGCCCACCCACUGCAGGGACUGUGGCAAGACCUUCCGGACCUACCACCAGCUGGUGCUGCACUCCAGGGUCCACAAGAAGGACCGGGGCGGCGCCGAGAGCCCCACCGCCUCCAUCGACGGAAAGCAGGCCGGCGCUUUGGACAGGGCCGAGGAGUACUCCGAAGACGGGUCAGAAGAGGGCGGGCCAGGAGACACCGUUCAUUCAGAUAAAAGUGAAGAUUAUUUUGAUAAAUCAAAGCUCAAGAUUCUGGCCCCCUCAAAGGAGUGCAGUUACUGUGGGAAGUCUUUCCGUUCAAAUUAUUACCUCAACAUUCAUCUCAGAACACAUACAGGUGAAAAACCGUAUAAGUGUGCGUACUGUGACUAUGCUGCGGCUCAGAAAACCUCACUUCGCUACCACUUGGACAGACGUCACAAGGACAAGCCCGACAUCGACCUCUCCAAACUGGUGCCCAUGUCCCCCACCCUCAGCGACACCAAGGAGAAAGUGUCCUACGACCCGGCCAGGAACCCUGACGGCAGGCAGAGUGCGAAGGCGUCCUCGGGCGGCGGGGGGACCGCGCCCUGCCCACCUGUGAAAGCUGAAGCCCCGAGCUUCCCCACGAAACCCGAGCAAGGGAAGCCGGCGGCCGACGAGGUGCGACAGAAGUGCCCCGUGCCGGUCACCCUGAAGAUGGAGGGACAAGAAAUCAAGGAGGAACCGUCAGAGAUGCCAUUAAAUUUGUCCUUGUCCUCGUCCGUCUCCGCUACCUCAGUGCCGAAGAGUGCAUUAAUCAGCAACGCCUGCCCUUUGUGCACCUAUAAAACGCUCUAUCCAGAAGUCCUGCUGAUGCACAAGAAACUGGUCCAUAAAGAGAAGCCGGACGCAGCCAAGAAGAACAUCACGAGGAGCGCCAUUGCCGCGCUCAAGCAGAAGCGGCACACGGGCUGCCCCCCUGCCCUGGAGGGGAAGGACGUCAGCCCGCUGCCGCCGUUUUACAGGAAGCACCCCCGGCGGACCAAGUCCCCGGUGCGCCAGCCCGAGAAGCCUGCUGAGAAGGCCCAGCCCUCCCAGAAUUCCCAGGGGCUGAAACGGACGCCCGUGGCGGCGGAGCCCCGAAGGGCCGCCCCGUCCGAAACCCAGCGCAAGCUGCUGGACGGCCCCUCCAGCAGCAUUGGGGCCCGGGCCCCGGCGUACAGGUAUCCCGAGCAGCAGGCGGAUGCCGGCGCCGCCGAAAAGAGAGACUGCUUCGUCGUGUCCGUCAAGCCGAGCAACCUGGACAGGGAGAGGCAGGGGCAGGGGGUCCGGCCGCCCAAAAACGGGGCCGUCUGGCCCUCUGAUGCCACGAGGGCGUCCCUGUCCAGCCGGUUCGGGAGCCUGCCGGGCGCGCAGGCCGAAUUCGCCGAACCCUCAGCCAAGAGGCUGAAGUACAGCGGGGCCCCGGCUCGAGAGAUGGAGACCCCUGAGGCCGACGCAGUGAGAAUGGGAGACGGCUACACCCGGCUGAUGCCCGCAGGGAGAAACACGAGAGGCCUUUCUCAAGGAAGCCCCCCCUCCAAAGUAUCCCACUCCCUGGCCUCUGUUAAAUCAAGCUCCUCGGCAUCGGGGAAUAGCGUGGACCCAGACUGGAACGUGAUCAGCAUCCUGCGGUCCUACAGCCCCAGCGACCUGGCCUCACUGUACCACGCACCCAUGGCCAGCUCCAGCCAUGGGGCCAUCUCCACAUCUCCAGCAGGUUCGAAGAACGCCGAGGAUGCCGCGCAGCCCCUGCCAUCUGUGCGCCCGACUUCGAAGGCCUCCGCUGACAGAAAGGUUUAACCCACCGAUAUAAGCUGUGACCUGCAUAUAUCUCAGAACACUACUCCAAUAGUGUUGGCAUUGCUAUUAAAAUGUAUUCAUCUGUGUGUGUGUGUGUGUGUGUGUGUGUGUGUGUGUGCGCGUGCGUGCGCGUGCGUGCGUGUGUAUAGAUGCAAAUGCCGAUGUGGUGGCUAAAGCCUGAUCACAGGGAGGAUGUGAAGUUCAAAGUGUAACGUGCCUAGCCGAAAAAUUACAAGGGAGUAGGGGGCAGUAGCUGUCUGUUGUGUGUAGUUAAGUUUGUCGAUUGCUGCUCAGGAAAGUUACGCUGCAGAUCACAGGAGGCUGCAGCCAGCCAAACGUAGGGCUGAGCUCCGUGUGUGAAGUUACAAAGGGUACCAUAUCAACAAGCCAAUAAUGUGGCGAUUCAAGGUUUUCACAGGUGACCAACAGGCUUGAAUAUGGCCCGUUGGGUUACAGGUAGAGCGAGGAAGAAGUGCUUUCAACAAUUAAUCUUGACCGUUAACGGCCCAAGGAAUUCACGCAGGAAAAGACUGGGUCUGAGCUCCAUCGCGUAUAGCCACAGUAGUUACUGUGUUAUUUAGCAAGUACCGAAAGGGAGAACUCGCAGGCGGCCGCAUGACGGCAUGUCUGCCGCGCAUCUCGGUGAAUUCCCCGUUGAGCCUGCACAGCUGCCUGCAUUCGCUGAAGAUGCGGAAGACGCUCCUCCAGCUGUCAGAGGGCCAAAGAGACUGCAGACUCGCACAGUGGCACUCGCUCUCCUGCUCCUGCUUCUCCGGUUUAAAAACACUGUGCCGAGACUCUCUGCCGCACGUUUCAGAGCGCCAAACGCCGUAACGAGGAGCCUGAAAACACUGACCAAACCAGCCGAGAUCGAUGCGGGCGUCACUCACUCAAGUGCCAAAAAAAAUCUCAGCUCCAGUCUUUAGGGAAGGAAGGUAUCAAUGAUAAGACAUCCGAUUCUGUGCGCGGGGUUUACGCAACCAGCGCGGGGGGAUUUGCUUUUGCUAUGCAGUGUCUUGAAAUAUCUCUGGGGUUAUUAUUUGUGUUUUGACCUCUUUCUCCUUCAAGUGUGAUUUGAUUAACUUUAACUGUCUGCCACAGCAAUAAGAUAUCCUCCGACCGGUUGGUCAAGUAAGACUGUCAGUAACACACUUGUCAGGGAAAGUGAGAUUUCGUCAGGGGCGUAAACCUUUUCGUUCAUGCUGAAAAAGGACUGUUGGAACCUGUCUCAGGUGUCAGUUCAGCACGAGCCGUCAGGACAUCUGCUCCGCAGCUACAAUA